ACAAACAAUUCUUGCCGAGCAGCUCAGUCGCCGAUUUUUAUUCCCCCAUCCUUUACUUCAUCUUUUCCUCCUUCCCCGCAUCUUCCCCAAAAUUCAAUUCCCGGUUUACCCUAUCCACCCCAUGUCGGCUCAUCAUGCCCGGAUCUCAAAGCUUCUCCAGGGCGAGUAGUUUCGCCAGCGGUAGCUCUCAAGACACACUUCCCAAUGCCAAGGAUUGCAUUAUCGUCAAGGAAGACUGGUCGGACGAUGACAAAACUCAGGUUGACUCGAAGCCAAAACAUAUCCCGGAUAUUGUGAAGUUUGAGCAGAAAACCACCCAAGCAACUGCCGUCAACUCUCCGGGUGCUCGGUGGCCGAAAUCGCGACGUGGGAAGUUUACACUUCCUCUGCGCGGCAACACCCCGGUCUCCACGCCAACGGAGUCAAAGAAGAGACCGCUCCCGUCUCCCUCAGAAGAACCUCCUGCCAAGCGAGUCGAUACUUCCAGCCCCGAUCCCCCUGUUACACCAGCCAAGGUCCUACCUCUUGCCACACCAGCCAAAGGUCAGGUGCAUCACGUUGUCAACAAUGGACCCGAUGGAGCCAAGCUACUGCUCUCAAUCUCUGAAGCCACCCAUACCAGUGCCGAUGAACCAACCAAGUACGAGCAGCGAAUCAAGGACCUUGAAUUGCAGUUGGCUCGGGUUCGUGAGAAGUCCCAGGCCACGCUCCUCAACGCCUUUGCGUUUCACGAUCGGGAGAUUAUCGAGUCGCUGACUCUCAACAAUCUUGAUUCCGCCACCGCCCUGGCACUCGCCCUCCCAUCUUCUCUGAAGAAGGGCGCGCUGGAUGAGCUUCAGAAAUUCAAAGCCAUAGUUGAGCAAACAUCCAGCAAGGUCCAGAACGAGGGUCUCACAACCGACGAAAUCGCCCAACAACUUACGACGAUUAAUGGUAAAAUCAAGUCUUGGAUGUUGGACAAGACGACUGCUCUUACUGGUUACAUUGCCGAUUGGGAGAAGGAUGCCGCGGAUUCCAUGGCGAGGCUCGAUCAGGCAAUGAAGGACAAGCAGGAUGUCGAGGCGAAGAAGCUCGAGGUCGAAGCGAAUGCCAAGGCGAAGCUAGAUCUAGCAAUGAGGGACAAGCAGGAGGCCGAAGCGAAGAACCUAGGGCAGCUAAGCAGCCUGCGAAACGAGAGGGACGUCCUCAAAUCCGAUAUCAGCAAGCUCCUACAGACGCACGAGGAACUGGCCAACGAAAAUGGAACCAUCCGCCAAGCCGUGAAGGACAAGGACGCCAAGAUCGCCGCCCUCGAGACUGCAAGGGUCGCUCUCGAGGAGGUGUGCAAUCUUGAUGUGCCAAAGCUGGAAGAACAGAUCGAGAAGCUUCAGAACGACGUGUCUACGACCAAGGCUGAGAACAUCAAGCUCAAGUCUAAGAAAAAUGCGCUGCAGAAGAAGUUGGACGAAAAGGUCAGCGACGCCGACGCCAAAGCCACAGAGGCACAGAACGACAUCGACAGGCUCACAAAGGAACGAGAUACCUUCCAGGCGACGUUGAAAGACACGGCCAACAAGACCGACGCCCAGGCCAAGCAGGCGCAGCAGGAAAUUUCCAGGCUCAAGUCAGAGACGGAGGUUGCUCGGAAGAAGCUGCAAGGGAAGGAUCGCGAGAUAGAGGCCGCUCAGAAGAAGCUGAAAGACAAGGAUCUCGAGAUGAAGUCUCGGCUCGACCAGAUGCAGAACACGGUUCAUAAGCUCGCUUCGGAGAGAGACACCAUCCAGAAGAAUGUUGUCGAUGCCGAGUCUCGGGUCGUAUUGGCACAGCAGCACUGCAAUAAGCUCACCCAGGAGCGAGAAGCUACUGAGAAGAAAUUCGCCGACAAGGAGCGCGAGAUGCAGACAACAAUUGUCGAGCUCACCGCCGAGAUAGCCCGCCUCCGAAAAGAGCAGGAUCAGGCCGGGGGGCAGGCCCAGAAUACCAUCGCAGCCCUCUCCUCUGAGCGGGAUCAUCUCCGAAGCGAACUCGAGACGCUGACUUCUCAAGCUGCGGAGUAUCGGGUGGACAAGGAAAAGCUCGCUUCCGAGAGCGACGCUGGACGACAGGCGCUGGAGAAGGCUCAAGUUUCGGUAAAAGAAUCGCUCAAGAGGCUCAAGACCCUGCAGAAUGAGAGCUUGAAGACCUGGGAGGAUAAGGCAGAGCUGGAGCGGAAGGCAGCCAAGCUCGAAACGGAUCUGAGAACAACCGAGGAGGCGAGGAUAUCCAUUGAGAAGACUGCCAAGAGCAGGUCUAUGGAGCUCUCCCGACUGCGGAAGGACCAGCAGCGCACGGCGGUGCUCCUGGCCCACCAUCCCGGCCUCCCCGACGGGGACAAGGCGACGCUGGACCAGAAGGUCUCCACCCUGAUCGGCCAGUACCAGGAGCUUGAGAAACACGCCGCAGGCCUGCAGUCCGAGCUCGCCUCCAGGUCGGCGAUCCUGGCGGCGACGGGUCAAGAGGUGGAGAACCUGCGAGCUCGGGUAGGGCACGCGGAGAGGGAAGCGGCCCAGCUGCCGCCCCUGCGCCAGAGGCUAGUCGAGGUGCAGGACCGGCUGGGGAGAGCCGAAGAGCUCUUCAACUGCAUCCGCGGCGCCAUUGCGCGGGCGCACGUCGCCUUGGCGAGGAGCGGCGGAGGCGACGGCGGAGGCGGCAGGUCCGGCGACCCUCCGCCGGUGGAUGCAAGGUCCCCGAUCCUCCCACCGGAACCCACGAAUAGGCCAAAUCUUUCGGUCGUCACGACAAGGGCGGCGUCUCCCCCGAUCCUCCCGCCGGGGGCCAUGAAUAGGCCGAAUCCUACGUUCGUCGCCACAGGAGCGUCGUUUUCACCGAUGGCACCCCCAAUAGCACCCCCGGCCGAUUACAUGAGGCAUAUGUCCGCCGCUAGGGGACCUCUGCAGAUGCCUCCGCAGAUGUCUCCACAGAUGCCUCCGCAAAUGCCUCCGCAAAUGCCUCCGCAAAUGCCUCCGCAGAUGCCCCCUCGGUAGAUGGCGGCGUGGGGUCGAAGAUGCGGCCGGGUAUCGUUGGCGCAGGACUUGAGCAUCCAUCCCGUGGUACAUACUUUGUUUAUUUGUUUAUGUGUUGUGUAUGCAGGGUUUGGCUCAUCGGUUUUUCAUUUUCAUUUUCCGUUUCCUCUUUUGAGGGCUACUCCACUGGAAAAUGGUGUUUGUAUGUACAAUACAUACAUACAUAUCGAUGCCUUCCCCAUAGAGGGAGACGAGGCAGCCUUGCCUGCCGGUUUAGAUCCUAGAUGGUCAUGGGCCCAUCUGGUAGUACGGCACGAUUUCGGUCUAGGUAAUAGGCCGCGGCGUUGAAAUAUACAGGCAGUCUCAAAGGAGCCCCCCGUUUUGCUAUUCAGCUAGGGAGAUAAAUUACUGAUCAUCAUCUAACUUUG